AUGUCCGCCAGAAACACCACCGCCCACACCCUCUCCGCCGACCUCCGCAACGGCGAGGUCCCGACCGACCCGGCCGUCCUCGCCGACUUCGGCUUUGACGAGUGCUUCUCCGCCCCGGACCGCGCCCGCCUCUCCAUGGUCUACCACCUCCUCAUGGUCGACCUCGAGGUCCGCCCGAGCACCAUGAACAAGUGGAAGGCCAAGGGCGCCGCUUUCCUCGCCGAAAAGAUGCGCGCCGCUUUCGCCGACGCGAAGCCCGACCGCGCCCGCGCCGCUGCCCGCGCCGCCGCCUACGUCGCCUGGUUCCAGGCCCACCAGUACAUCUGGGACCCGAACGAUGUCAAGGGCCGCCGCGUCGCCCGCGCCGAGGCCCGCAAGAUGAUCAAGCGCAACAUGGACCGGCAGAAGAAGCAGAAGAAGGAGGCCUUCGACUGGUGGUCUUGA